GAAUUGUUUGUUUGAACUUGAUUACUUUAGUAGGUACUUAAAAAGUCGGACAAGUUUUUUGUUAUUUUUGCAUUUACCGUUACUAUCUGCGUACUGACCAAUGUUCGGAUUGAACUGGGAAUACAGUUAAAUUUUAGUUGGCAAUCCGCAAUCGGAAAACCGCACUGUGGGUCGGCGGUGGUUUUUCAGUCGCCUUUCGUGGCGCAAAUUAGUAAUAAUGUUUUUCGCAGUCGCAACUAUUUUCGCCGUUUGUGCUGCAAUCUGGUUGUAUCAUGGUUUGCUGUGCACGGUGGUUGCUUCUUUACUUCUCGCAGCUUUAUACGCCUUAGUUUUCCAUUCAAGAUUGUGUUAUAUAGCCGCAAUGACAUCGAAAAGGGACCUCAGAGCACUGUUUGCAUAUCUGAACAUACUGUGGAAGACACGGCAGUUCAGUAGAAGAAAUUGGACUGUCCCUGAUAUAUUCCAUGACGUUGUGCAAAGACAUCCAAAUAAACCAUGUUUCCUAUUUAGAGAUGAAGUUUGGACAUUUCAAGAGGUGGAAGACUUCAGUUUACGCAUGACAGCGGUAUUGAGGGCACAGGGCAUAAAGAAAGGGAGCAUAGUGGGCAUGUUAAUGCAUAAUUGUCCUCAACUGCCGGCGCUGUGGCUCGGUAAUGCUCGCGUAGGUGCUGUUACGCCAUUAAUUAACACGAAUCAAAGAGGAAACGCAUUGCUUCACUCAAUCAACGUCGCCAAAUGUGAUGUCUUAAUAUUUUCGGAUGAAUUUCAAUCUGCGAUCCAAGAUAUAUCAAAAGAGUUGAGCCCGUCAUUAAAACUGUUUAAAUUCACGCAUCGUCCACUCAACACGUCGAGCCCUAAGGCAUCAGCUGACGACGGUUUUACCGAUCUUACUUAUCUUUUGGAGUCCACUCCACCCGCUCCUUGGACUUUGGCUAACGGGGACGGAUUUGGGGGCAAGCUUCUGUACAUUUAUACAUCUGGGACGACUGGACUUCCAAAGGCAGCUGUUAUAUCUAAUUCAAGGUUCGUGUUUAUGACGACGGGGAUACAUUACUUCGGUCUGAACAGUUCUGAUGUAAUCUACUGUCCACUACCAUUAUAUCACACGGCGGGCGGCGUGAUAAGCGUUGGCCAGGCGUUCGUAUCUGGCUGUACGGUUGCAUUGAAGCAAAAGUUCUCCGCCUCGCAAUACUUUCCUGACUGUAUUAAAUACAAUGCUACGGCGGCGCAUUACAUCGGCGAGAUGUGUCGCUAUGUGCUGGCCACGCCUCGCUCUCCCGCUGACACAGCCCAUCGUGUCCGCAUCAUAUAUGGGAAUGGACUCCGACCACAGAUCUGGAGAGAUUUCCUACAGCGAUUUAACAUCGAGGAUGUCAUUGAAUUCUAUGGAGCUACAGAAGGAAAUGCUAAUAUAGCUAACAGCGAUGGUACACCAGGAGCGAUAGGAUUCGUUUCCCGCAUAAUACCAGGCGUAUAUCCCAUCGCCAUUAUCAAGGUGAACCAAGAGACCGGCGAACCAAUAAGAGAUUCUAGGGGUCUUUGUCAGCUUGCAGAACCUAAUGAGCCGGGCGUGUUCGUUGGCAAGAUUUCGACCACGAACCCGAGUCGCGAGUUCCUCGGAUAUGUGGACAAGGUUGCCUCAGACAAAAAGGUUGUCAGAAAUGUGUUCCAACAGGGCGACUCCGCUUUUAUAUCAGGUGACAUCCUGUUGGCGGAUGAGUUCGGUUACCUAUUCUUCAAGGAUCGUACUGGUGAUACUUUCCGUUGGCGCGGAGAGAAUGUCAGCACAUCUGAGGUGGAAGCUGCCAUAUCCAGAGUGGCUAACCAUAGAGACGCAGUUGUUUAUGGAGUACUGGUACCCAAUACGGAAGGACGCGCUGGCAUGUGUGGUAUCGUGGACACGGAUAAUUCACUCGACCUAGACAAACUGGCUAAGGAUUUAUCACGGGAGCUGCCCGCUUACGCUAGGCCCAUAUUCAUAAGGGUCAUGAACAGUGUCGAUUUGACAGGUACAUUUAAAAUGAAGAAGGUAGAUCUACAAAAAGAGGGAUUCGACCCAAAUCAGGCUAAAAAAGACAAACUAUAUUAUUUAGACGCGAAAGUCGGUAGGUACUUACCUCUAGGACUGGAAGAGUACGAGAAUAUUAAUAAUGGAAAAAUUAGACUGUGAUCAAACUGAAUCUUAAAUUAGAUUAAUUAUUUUGUUAUUUCGGGUGGCGUUAUACUCAUUAUUUAUAAUGUUGUUACGUUAUAUUGUUUAAAAAAAUGGGUUACUCGUUUACUUUUAAAAAUAUUGAAAUCGGCAAAUUAGAUUAAGGGACUAAAGGUGCAUGCCUGCAUUGACAUUAUGUAAUAAAAUACGUGAUAGUAAAAAUGCAUAGUUAACACGAAUGGGAUAUUUAAUAAUAACAUGCUUAUAUUUAUUGAAACUUUAUAGUAUUUCAGAUUUAAGUUAUAUUCUUAGUUUUUUCCAAGUACUAGAUAUUUUGUAAACAAUUUACAAUUAUAGAUAACAAAAUGCAUAUCUACAUGGCCCACAUACAAUGUCAUGUUUGUAUAUAUUAUAUUAAAAGACACACAGCAGUUUUUAGUUAAUUUAAUAUACUCGAAUAAUUUGUCUACCAUACUACACCGUUGAUCAAAUUUCGUUGUCCCACAAUUACUUAUUAUUUCUUGAUACUUUGUACUUAUGCAUCGUAAGCUGUAUUAUUUUAUAUACCUAUAAUUGUAUAUUGCUACUAACAACGGUGCAGGUUGUGAUUAACUGUCAUUAGUGAUUCCAUUCCCAAUAUCUUACUUCCAUAUAUUUGUAUGUAAUGCUCAAUGACCUGUGUGAUAGCAUUAUCAAAUAAGUUUCACUGCCAUACCUCAAUUUUCCAGCUGUAUUUAUUUUAUUGUAGUUUUACUUCAGUUUUAAUCUCAUUUCACUCAUAGAUCUGAAAAAGACUGUUUGAAAUCGACGCAUGGAUGGAUUCAUACCAACCAUUAAAACCUUGCCAUUUAUUUGGUAUUUCUGUGUAAUAUAUUGACGAAAUGAAAUUAUAUUAUGUCAUAAAUUUUACAGUUAUAUUAAAAAAAAUAUUCUGAGAAUUCAAGAAUGUUUAAAAUGUAAUAUUAGAUUUAAAAUAGUACUUAGAAGUUAUGUUGACGUACAUAUGUACACGUAUAAUAAUCUCUUUGCUGGGUGAUGGGUGCGUUUAUUUUUUAUUGUUAUUUAUUAAUUUAAGCAAAACUGUUUUAUAUGAAUAAUAAUAAUAAUAAUGUAUAAAAUGUCCUCGUCUCCGAAUUGUAAGUUAACUAGGUAAAUUUUAGCGGGUUUUGUAUAGUGACAAAGUCUAGAAUAUUUGAUGUAAUUUUACACGACGCUGCAGCAUCUGACAAAAGUGUGAUUUAAGGAUCUGAAACUGUCAAAUUACUGCCCGGGUACAUUUGACACGAUGUGCGCAUUCCUAUUUUUUUCUUUGUUAUUAUUAAGAAUUGUAUGUAUAUUUUGAUAAUAAUUGUUAUAAUUUGGGAAUAAUUGUACUAAUUUUAUGAAUAAAAUUUAUAAAUCAA